AUUGACUUAAUAAAUGAUUUAUCAAUAUCUAGUGGUAUACUGUAUAUAUUUAUAUAAUUCCAAUCUUUAAAAAUAUGCAAGUUGUAUUAAUCUUCAAAAAAAUUCUUAUUUUGGAACAAUCUUUGAUCUUAAUUCAUCAUUUUCAUCAGGAACUUGAGGCACAAUACAUGGUUUAGAACUUGUAAAUCCCAGUCAAUGGGAGCAUAUCCAUCAUAAAUAUCUGUAUUUCCUGCAAGUCAGAGGGCCAGAAAUCCCCUAAUACUUUCUGGGAUUUGCUUUUUAUUGCUUGUUUCUGCAGGAUAUAGCUGGAUCGAAAGGUUGAUCGAUAAAUCGAAGAUUCAGAAAUGUCGAACAUUGAGAUGGGGAGUAAAAACAAGUACAAGAGGAUGGAUUCUGAACUCGGUGAGGAUGAUAACGAAUCUUUAAACGUCCAAGGGAAGGAUAUUGCCAACAGCACCAGAAGAUAUGUUAUGGCCUGCGCGUUUUUCGCUUCUGUCAAUUCUGUUCUCCUUGGUUAUGAUGUUGGUGUGAUGAGUGGAGCAAUUAUAUUCAUCCACGAAGAACUGAACAUAAAUGAGGUGCAACAAGAAGUAUUAGUCGGGUGUUUGAGCAUCGUUUCUCUGAUUGGUAGCUUAGCCGGGGGAAGAACAUCAGAUGCUAUCGGAAGAAAAUGGACAAUGGCUAUAGGAGCCAUUAUUUUCCAACUGGGAGGUUUGAUAAUGACAAUUGCACAUUCGUUUGAGAUUCUAAUGCUCGGAAGGCUUCUAUCAGGGAUCGGAAUUGGGUUCGGAGCAACGAUCAUGGGAGUUUACAUAGCUGAGAUAUCACCAGCUGUUUCAAGAGGCUUUCUUACCACAUUCCCGGAGAUCUUCAUAAACCUCGGAAUCCUUCUUGGAUAUGUCUCGAACUAUGCAUUUUCGGGAUUACCUUCAAAUAUUAAUUGGAGGGUUAUGCUUGCCUUAGGGAUAUUCCCUUCGGUUCUCAUCGGUUUUGCACUAUUUGUGAUCCCGGAAUCACCAAGGUGGUUAGUUCUUCAAGACCGAGUCGAUGAAGCAAGAUCGAUACUAAUUAGAACAAUCGGUGAUGAAAAAGAAGUGGACGAAAGACUUGCCGACAUCCUACAAACUGCUAGCAAAGCAAAAUCGACAAAAAGUGAAGAAAAAGCAGUUUGGUACGAAAUUUUAAGGCCUAACCCAACAGUUUAUAGAAUGCUUUCAGCUGGGGUUGGCUUACAAUGUUUCCAACAAAUCACAGGAAUAGAUGCAUUAGUUUAUUACAGUCCAACAAUUUUAAAGUCGGCUGGGAUCGAAGGUAACACUGAGCUUCUAGCUGCAACAGUCGCAGUCGGAUUGACAAAAACAGUUUCUAUACUGAUUGCUCUCGUCCUCAUCGAUAGAAUAGGUAGGAAGCCGUUGUUGUAUACAAGCACCAUCGGAAUGACAGUUUGCUUGUUCUGUAUAUCAAUAAGCUUGCCGUUUAUGGGAAAAGGUGCUGCUGGAAUUGCGCUGGCAUUACUAUUUGUUUGUGGGGAUGUCGCCUUUUUUUCAGUAGGAAUAGGCCCGAUUUGCUGGGUUUUGACUUCAGAGAUUUAUCCAUUAAGGUUACGAGCUCAAGCAGUUGCUGUCGGUUUUGCAGCUAAUAGAGUGUGCAGUGGGCUUGUUAGUCUGUCUUUCCUGUCUGUUUCUAGUGCAAUUUCAGUCCCCGGAACUUUCCUAAUCUUUUCUGCAUUAUCUGCACUUUCAGUAUUGUUUGUGCACAAAAUUGUACCAGAGACGAAAGGAAAGACACUCGAGCAAAUCGAGUGUUUGUUCCAAGAGAGUGAUGGGUGGAAGGAGAGUCGAUUAGAGCUGGCAGAUACUGAGCGUUUAGUGUUGUAACAUUCUACAUGUAAGAAAUUGAUCGGAAACUAUUUUGAUUUCAGUAGAUCUAGAUGAUAUUCUUCCCAUAAAGCGUUCCAAGAACUCGAGCAGAAAAUGGCUUGUUUGACAGAUUCAUUUGAGUUACACCAUUGUUUUCACUACACAUUACACAAUUACAUAGAAUUUUUAGUGAAUAGGAAAGUAUGGUUAGUUGAUAGUUGAUAUGUAAUAUACUCAUGUAUUAAGUGAUGAACUAUCAUAACCUUUUUGACAAUGGCACUCUACUUUUGUUAUGUAAAGCUAAGAAAAACAAUCAUAGGCCUAAGUUAAAGUGAUGAA